AUGGAGAUGGUGAACGCUCAGCUACUGCAAGCGAGGGCUUACGAGGGGGAAGAUCAACUCGUGCAUAUACCGGCAGAGUUGGAAGGGGACUAUGACGAAGGAGGUGGUGCUAAAGCGGCCAUGAAUGGAGGGGACCAAGCUCGGAGGAGCUCUGGAGUAACUAUGAGUCGCUGCAAUUCGGCUCUGCCUUCUCGGACCAGUGAGCUCACCAUCGCCUUCGAGGGCGAGGUCCACGUUUUUCCCGCGGUUACUCCCGAUAAGGUGCAAGCAGUGCUUUUGCUAUUGGGAGGGCGUGAUAUAUCCAGCAUUUUCCCCAGUUCUGAGUCUCUGCUAGAAAGCAAUAGCGGGGGUAUAGGCGACAUCUCACGAAAUUCAAAACUUUCACGAAGAACUGCAUCUCUUGUUAGGUUCCGUGAAAAACGGAAAGAGAGAUGCUUUGAAAAGAAAAUUCGAUACACUUGUCGAAAAGAGGUUGCUCAGAGGAUGUAUCGCAAGAAUGGACAGUUUGCGUCAUUGAAGGACGAUUCUAAAAUUGCUUCUGGAAACUGCGAUUCAAGUGAUGGCACUUCUUGUCCAGAAUCUGUAUGUCAGCAUUGUGGAAUUAGUGAAAAGUCUACCCCAGCAAUGCGUCGGGGGCCAGCUGGUCCAAGAUCUCUUUGUAAUGCUUGUGGUCUCAUGUGGGCUAACAAGGGAACUUUGAGAGAUCUUACAAAAGCAGGGAGGCCCAUCCAUUUUGACCAAAAUGAGCUGGAAACUGCAGCUGACUUUAAACCUUUGAUGUUAAAACCAGAAAAUGCGCAGCUAGACCCGGAUGAAGAGGGAAGCCCAGAGGAGAGUAAGCCUAUUGCAUUGGAUACUGAAAACCCUCUUCUGAGACUGGGUGACGAGGAUAUGCUGGAAACAGCUGAAGCUGCUACUAAUCACAUAUCCAUCCAAAUGGAGAAUUCAACUGUCAACUUUGAUGAGCAGGAGAAUCUGGAUGAAUUUUGCAAUGCCUCGGGGACAGAAUUUGAGAUUCCUGCAAACUUUGAUGAGCAGGUGGUUGAUUUUUAUGAUUGCAACAUCGGGACUCACUGGCCAGGAACUUGA